AUAUAUAUAGAGGCAAUGUUCUGUCGCUUGGACGUAGACGAUUUCAUUUGGAUUUUAGCUCGCAACUUGUGCGGUGGACAACUUUUGGUUAUAGAGUUGCAUCAGUGUGUGUCUGUGUGAUAUACAUCUACCUACAAAUAAGCAUUUAUAUAUAUAUAUAUACUAAUACUACACAUAUUAGUGCCCGCGAUGAAAUUCUUAAUCUGUGCACUACUUGCGGCGUCCUACGUGGCGGCCGCUGAUAUUAAACUGGAGGAGGGCGUCAUCGUUGGCACUGUGGAUAACUUCAAACAAGUGAUUGCCGAAAACGAAUUUGUGCUUGUUGAAUUUUAUGCACCAUGGUGUGGUCACUGCAAGGCAUUGGCGCCCGAGUAUGCCAAGGCUGCCCAACAACUGGCGGAGAGCGAGUCCCCGAUUAAGCUGGCCAAGGUCGAUGCCACCGUUGAAGGCGAUCUCGCCGAGCAGUAUGCGGUCCGUGGCUAUCCCACACUAAAGUUCUUCCGCAGCGGCGCGCCCGUGGAGUAUAAUGGUGGUCGUCAAGCCGCCGAUAUUGUUGCGUGGGUGACCAAGAAGACUGGACCACCAGCCAAGGAUUUGACCAGCGUCGCUGAGGCCGAGCAGUUUGUGAAGGACAAUGAAAUCGCCAUUAUUGGCUUCUUCAAGGAUGCCGAGUCGGAGGAGGCAAAGACCUUCACCAAGGCCGCCAACGCAUUGGACUCGUUCAUCUUUGGUAUCAGCAGCAAUGCCGAUGUGAUUGCCAAGUACGAAGCCAAGGACAAUGGCGUCAUUCUGUUCAAGCCUUUCGAUGAGAAGAAAUCGGUGUUCGAGGGUGAGCUGACCGAGGAGAACCUCAAGAAAUUCGCACAGGUGCAAUCGCUGCCAUUGAUUGUUGACUUCAAUCAUGAGUCGGCUGCCAAGAUCUUUGGCGGUUCGAUUAAGUCGCAUCUGUUGUUCUUCGUAUCCAAGGAGGCUGGCCACAUUGAGACCUAUGUGGAUCCAUUGAAGGAGAUUGCCAAGAAGCACCGCGAAGAAAUUCUGUUCGUCACCAUCUCUUCGGAUGAAGAGGAUCACACUCGCAUCUUUGAGUUCUUUGGCAUGAACAAGGAGGAGGUGCCCACCAUCCGUUUGAUUAAGCUGGAGGAGGAUAUGGCCAAAUACAAGCCCGAAACGAACGAUCUGUCUGCCGAAUCGAUUGAGGCCUUCCUCAAGAAGUUCCUCGAUGGCAAACUGAAGCAGCAUCUGUUGUCGCAGGAAGUUCCCGAGGAUUGGGACAAACAGCCCGUCAAGGUGCUCGUCUCAACCAAUUUCGAGAGCGUUGCUCUGGACAAGAGCAAGUCUGUCCUGGUUGAGUUCUAUGCACCAUGGUGCGGACACUGCAAACAGCUGGCUCCCAUCUACGAGCAGCUGGCCGAGAAGUACAAGGAUAAUGCCGACAUUGUCAUUGCCAAGAUGGACUCCACUGCCAACGAGCUGGAGAACAUUAAGAUUUCAUCGUUCCCAACCAUCAAAUACUUCCGCAAGGAUGACAACAAGGUGAUCGAUUUCAAUCUGGACAGGACUCUGGAUGACUUUGUUAAGUUCCUCGAUGCCAAUGGUGAGGUUGCUGAGGCCGAGACAGCUGAGGAGAGCGAUGAGGAGGAGGAAGCGGCGCCCAAGAAGGACGAGUUGUAAACCAACAACACCACGCACUCUAUACAAGAAAUCUAACAAUACAACAACACACCAACCACCCACACACACACACACUUAAGCACACACACUUAAGCACACACACAUACAGCAACAACAAAUAGCAACAACAACAACGUACAUUCUGUAGUUUAUUCUUGGUUUCGGUCGUGGAUUCAUUCAAUUGCAAUGAGUUUUUGUCAUUGUUUCCCCGUCCUUGACCGUUGCUCAACUUGAUUCCCAAAAUUGUUUGCCUAAUAAUAAAUUACAAAUACAAUUUUGUUGCGUUUUGCAACAGAAAAUUCCACGCAAUUUCGCAUAGGAAACGCGGUUCAUUUGGCAGCGCCUUGGCCGCGUUCUAAUGUUCUAAUAUUGCGUAGCUUAGAAUUCAGUUUUAUUGAAGGUGAGCAACCGAAAAAAUUCAAAACGAUAAAUUUUUAACAUGUAAUCUUCUAAGUUUUCUAUUUGGAAUUUGUAGAAGCAUUGAGAAAGAACUGAUUAAGGACUUAACAAAUAAAGUUGGUAACAACAUUAAAAACAAA